AUGUUCGGCGCUGCUUGGGGUCAGAAUAAUCAACAGCAGGCCCAGCAGAAUCAAGCUGGUGGAUUCGGUACCAAUAACACUUUUGGCCAAACCACAGGAGGCUUUGGGCAGACUGCCACCACGUUCGGUCAGCCCCAGACACAACAGCAGAAUACAGGAUUCGGUACGACAAGUAAUACGUUUGGCGGUUUUGGGACCAACAACGCUCAACAGACUACCAAUGCCUUCGGGGCUCGUCCAGCGUUUGGGGCAACAGGUACGACGUUUGGGGCUACCAACAACAACAACAGUACCCCUUUCGGCGCCACUGGCACCAGUUCCAACACUUUUGGUACUACCAACAACAGCAGUCUGUUUGGUAAGCCCGCCACUAAUACAUUUGGUACGGGAACCACUUCCAAUCUCUUCGGAGCAAAGCCCACCACGACUUUUGGUGCGACAUCAACCCCGAGUGCCAAUCAAGUAUACCAAUACUCUGCCGGUCCAUUUCCACCUCCGCCAGCAACGGGAACUGCACAACCGCAGUAUCACCCCACAUGGCACCAAGAUAUCUCUUCUUUAGGUGUUAAAGACAGUCCCCCGUUCCUGUUCCACUCGAUCACUGCUAUGGAGCCGUUCAAAGGUGCCAGCUGGGAGGAAUUGAGGGCCGUGGACUAUCAGCAAGGUAGAAAAGACGCCGGCGCUCAACCUCCAGCAGCUGGGUUUGGUACCUCGACCGCCGGAUUUGGUCAGCCCGCUGCUUCUACGAGCACGUUCGGUCAACUGGCGGCAACGACGAAUACCUUCGGAGCACCCAAACCAGCUUUUGGAGCCACUACCAACACCGGAUUCGGCGCGACUACCGGCGGGUUCGGCAAUAACACCACUGCGCCUUUUGGGUCGACGUCGACAACUCAGCCGACAACUUUUGGUCAGAGUACGACUACCGGUACUGGUUUCGGACAGACUCAGCCACAGACUACUGGAGGAUUUGGUACUUCUAAUCUCUUCGGUUCGACCAAUACUCAGCAGAAUCAGAACCCGGUCUUUAGUGGCUUUGGACAAGCGAAGCCUGCUUUCGGGGCCACGACGACGACUUUUGGUGCACAACCUGCCGCCACAACGACGACCACUUUUGGUCAACCGGCAAAUACGACUCAACCAUUUGGGACGUUUGGGCAGACGCAACCGCAGCAACCGCCACAAACUCAGCCCAGUUUGUUCGGUAACACUACAGGAUUUGGCGCAAAUAACCCCUCGAACACAUUUGGAGCUCAAAAUACUCAGCAGCAGACAGCUCAGCCUGCCACAACAGCUUUCGGGAGUACAGCUGCGAAACCGGCAGGAACGUUCGGCAAUACCACUACUCCGUCCUUUAAUUUCGGGACCCAGCAGAAUCAACAGCAACAACCUGCUACCACUAGUCUCUUCGGUGGUCUUGGUCAGACCAACACCGGCACUACCGGAUUCGGACAACCCCAACAACAACAACAAGCCCAGCCCGCUCAAGCCGGCAAUGCCUUCGGUACUUCUGGCAGUGCAUUCUCUUUCGGCGCUAAGCCUACGACAACCCUCGGCUCGUUCGCAAGCACUCAAACUGCGCAACAACCCGCGCAGACAGGUACAACGCCAUUUGGAUCAUCGCUGGCCGCCCCGUUCGGCAGCAACAACACUCUAGGACAACAGAAUCAGCUGGGCGGUGCUGCCAAACCUACUCUUCAGCUUUUUGGAUCUGGUAGUACAUUCGGACAACCCACGCAGCAAUCGCAGCAACAGCAAAGCGGUGGCUCGCUGUUCUCAAACCUCAACCAAUCUCAACCUGCGUCUACAGGUAUGCUUGGAAGUACUUUCCAACAGCCUGCGCAACAGCAACCUGCGUCGUUGUUCGGUGGUAUGGGUCAGUCGACGAAUUUGAGUCAAUCGCAGGUUCUCACUGCGUCGAUCGAUCAAAAUCCAUACGGAAGGAACGAUCUUUUCGCGUACACUGGUCAGAAGCUCGAGUAUGGUUCCCAGACCAAAAAACCAGCACUUCCCCCUCUUACAGCUUCUUCUUUCCGUCUCACACCUAAAAAGAGCCAACUGCGUGGAUUCGCAUCACCUUUGACCGCCUCGGCGUUGCUUCGAUCAAGCAGUCCACUCAACACCCUCAACUCACCUGCCAGAAGCUCGCCUUCUUUGCCAAACCGAUACGCAGGCUUGACAGAGGCGGAUAUCACUCCCAAUGCUUUUGUACCUCGACCCAGUAUCAAAAAGCUCACUAUCACUCCUACUCCUAAAAAUGUGGCCGACUCAGAGGAUAAAUUGGAAUCUCUCUUGGGCAAAUCAAUGAUCAAGAGCACCCCUUUAUCCAAUAGUACUCCUGCUCGUGCUCCGCCUGCUUCUUCCCCCGCCACAACGAUUCCAUCCCCGUCCACCUCCCGUCUUACAUUGGAGAAACGCGAGGUUCCCCGCCAAGUCUCCGGCUCAGAACGUCCUCCGUCAGAAGGAGAAUAUUGGUGCAAGCCGACAUUGGCCAAAUUGAAACAGAUGUCACAGCGAGAUCUCUCUUCCAUCUUGAAAUUCUCUGCUGGACGUCGAGGCUACGGCGAAGUCACUUUCCUCGAACCUGUCGAUUUGACCGGUCUCCCAUUGGACGACUUCCUCGGUACAGUGAUCAAGUUCCGAGAUAUGGAACUAGCAGUGUACCCAGAUAACUACGCCGACAAGCCGCCCAGAGGUAAAGGCCUGAACGUUCCCGCCCAGAUCAGUCUGGAAAAUUGUUUCCCCAAGGAUAAAGCGACAAAGCAGCCGAUCAUCGAUCCUGAGGAUCCAAGACAUGCCCGUUUCCUUAAAAGAGUAAAGAACAUACCCGACACCGAAUUCGUGAGCUACACCGACGAUGGAGUAUGGAGUUUCAGAGUGGAACAUUUCAGUCGUUAUGGUCUUCUCGACGAUUCGGACGAAGACUCCGACGAGGCACCUACAAAACCUCCUCCCAAGCUCCGGAUCCCGGAAAAACAGCCAUUACGUGUCGAAGACGAUGAUGAUUUUCUACCCACGACCAGUUUGCGAUACAACAAUGAUGAAAAGGCAGAACACGAUUCUGGUAUUGACGAAGAUGAUGAGGAAUAUGACAUGUCAUCGGAAGAAGGGUCAGACAUUACCUCUCGGUCUGAAUCUAACAGUGCGGAUAAGACUUUUCGGGAGGACAUGGAUUACGAGGAUGUCAAAGAUGAAAGGGAGCAUCCCAUCAAGUCGCAGUUGGGUCACGAGGGCAUGCGAAAAUUACGUGAAAUGCAGAAUUCUUUCUUUGGUGGACAGGAGAAGAAACAGUUUAUCGCCAAAAGAGGAAGCACAAUUGAGAGGAAUGAGAAGGUGGCAGCGGAGAGAGUGAAGAGAAUCUUGAAGGAGUCGGGUUUUGGUGAUGCCGAAGAGAAUCAAGCGGUUGAUAAACGGGCUGUCAAGCGCACCUCUUUCGGCGAACCUCAAAGCCCGCCAAGACUCAGGGUACCACGGAAAUACGCCAGAGUGCCUCUUGAGCAAUGCACUGUUGGUGGAUCCGAAGGGAUCCGAGCCGAUGGUGGACUUGCUCUGGGUAGAUCGUUUCGGUGUUCCUGGGGACCGAACGGAGAGCUAGUACAUCUCGGCAAAAUUUGUUCUCCUCGUGCUCAAUUGUCAGUCGAUAUCCCUCAUUGGCUCCCAGCUGACAGCGGUAGUGCCAAUUCAUCAAGUUCCACCGUUAUAAUCGAACAUCCCGAUCUGUUGGCUUUCCCAUCGGAAGUCGAAAUUAGUAAAGCCAUCCGUCUACUGUCCUUGCAUCUUGAGCGAUCAUCAAUCCAUUCUGAGGAUGAUUCCGAGGUUCCGGCCAUUACGAUACACCCCGAUAUACGAUUUCGCGACUUUGCUUCUCUCUUCGACUCUUCUGAUUCUUCCCACGAAGCUACUGUCUUCCGACUCGGAGUGGCUUUGUUCGACGAGAUUGACUUGUUGCUCCCUGCAGACUCAUCAUCCGAGUUGGCGGAGCGUAUCUUAGAAAUUCGCCGCAAACUCGCUUUGUCGAAAUGGCUAGAAUCCGCCGUGGCCCCGUCGGUAGAUACCGACCUCGUUUCUUCCACUGAUACACCCGGCAAAAUAUUUACGCUCCUAUCGGGUAAUCAGGUGGCUCGGGCUGUGCAGACGGCCCUUGAUGGCAAAGAUAUGCGUCUCGCUACACUCAUUUCUCAAGCUGGAGGUGAUGAGACGUUCAAAGAGGAGAUCUUGAAGCAACUGGAGGAUUGGAGGAAGUACAAGUCGACCGCAUUCAUCGGUAACGGAUACAGAAAACUAUACGCUCUAUUGGGAGGUAUAACGGAUGUCACUCAUGGUCAUCAAGAUACCUCUAGAGGGUCUGACGGGGCUAAAGAUGUUCUCAUUUCACAAGGGUUGGAUUGGAAAAGGGCGUUUGGCAUCCGACUUUGGUUUUCUUCUCCAUGCUUCGACUCAAUCUCUUCUGUCCUCAGUUCAUACCUCGAUUCAUUCUCACGAGGUUAUUCUCCGGCAAAACCACUCCCGAUGUAUAUGGAGAAACCUGACGAGGAAAAACGAUGGAAUAUGCCUACAGAACCUUCCGACAUUCUCUUUGGGCUUAUUCGACUAUACUCUGAUCAGACUCUAUCAUUGGAGUCGGUGUUGAGAUCGAGAGACGCAUCUUCGUCGCCGGUAGAUGUACGGUUGACGUGGCAUCUUUACAUGCUUCUCAGUCAGGUUUUAAGGAAGAGGGAUCUUGAAGACAGAGAAGAAGGGUAUUCGGCAAAAGCGGACGGGAUGACAAAAGGGUAUGCGGCGCAAUUGGAGGAAAGUGGGGAAUGGAAAUGGGCAGCUUUUGUUUUAUUACAUCUUGAGACUAUCGAGGGUCGCGAAGCUGCCUUGCGUGCUCUUCUUCAUCGUCAUCCCUUUGCUACACCUUCAGAAAUUCAACAUCUCACAGAAACUCUAUUAAUCCCCGUCGAAUGGAUCCACGAAGCUUCUGCCGCUUCAUUCGCUAGUUCUGACGAUGCGUGGGGAGAGUAUCACGCUCUCAUCAAAGCUGGUCUUCUCGAUCGAGCUCAGCGGAUUUUGAUUAGUAAAUUAGCUGGGGAAGCUGUGUUGAGGGGUGAUCUUCAAUUGUUGCGUAGGUUAUGUGAACCGUUGGAAGAGAGACAACCUAGUGGAUGGGAGUUUGGUGGGAAGCUGUUCAUAGACUACGCCGAUAUAGUCGAACAAGUACCUAAAUUACUCGAAGAGGUACUUCGUCAUCCGCAUAAGACGCAAGAAAGGGUCCGACUAUCUGUAAUAUCUCAGAAUGUGCCUAGGGUGAUUCAACUGUUACCGGCUUUGUUUCCCGAUAAAGAGGAUACACAACAGAUGGCGGUGAUUAGUGACAUGUUAUCUGAGCUUCAUCAGAUCGCCGGGGGCUUAAGUAUGGCUGGUUAUAUGGACAGACCUGCGGUAUCGAACGUAUCUUUGGUCGAUGUGGACAGAUUACAUUUGUUACAGGCGAAAGCGUAUGACGUUUUUGAAAAGAGUUUGAAUGCCGUAGCGGCGAAAUAA